AUGUCCGUCACUAUCACUAUUCAACUGAUCAAGUCUCGGAUCCACCACGAGCUUGAACACCCGCGCACAUCCGAUCGACGAUCUUUCUCCAUUCAGUAUCUCCCUGGUGUCGGAAAAAUGGCAUCAACCCCCCGCAUUUCAACACAACCCGCAUACUGCUAUGCAUCCCGCAACUUCGUGCCCUCCAUUAAUGGCGCUCCGAAAUAUUACGCUGAAGUCCCGCUCUAUCAACCCCACAAGCCGAAUGAUGAUAUGAGUGCGAUUCUGCAGGAGUGCUGUCACUCGAGGGUGUGGCUGUACUCGGAUCCGAAUCCUUGUACGGCAGUUUGCAAUUCGAAUUCUGUGAAGCAGGCGCAUGAUGUCUCGUACUGCUUGAAUUCGAAGACGAUCAUUUAUGGAGGCAAUGUGCUGGAUUCGGGCAGCUCGUUGAUUUCGCGUUCGACUAGUGUUUGGACUGUGUUGUUGGUUGGUGGGUUGAUAAUCUCAGGGAUGAUGGUUUAG